CAGCUUUGACUUUUUUUUUUCCCCUUCCCUUUUUUUGGGGGGAAGGUGGGCGAAGGCUGGCUCAGCUCCGGCGAGGCUGCGGGGCUCCUGGAGGAGGUGGAGGAUGAAGCUGAGCCCGGGCGCCCGUCGCCUCCUCUUGCUGCUCGCCCUGGGACUCGGCGCUUGGGACGCCCAGGCUGCGGCGUGCCACGGCUGUUCCUCCAGCACGAAAUGUGACUGUAGUGGACACAAAGGAGACAAGGGCGAUCGAGGUUUCCCAGGACUGCCCGGCCAGCCCGGUUUGCCUGGCUUCCCUGGCCCAGAAGGACCAGCUGGAUCUCGCGGCGAGAAGGGUGAUGAUGGAUUUGCAGGGCCUACAGGACCCAAAGGCAUCCGAGGUCCUCCAGGCUUACCAGGUUUUCCAGGAACACCGGGGCUUCCUGGACUCCCAGGUCAGGAUGGACCUCCUGGACUCCAAGGUAUCCCAGGAUGCAACGGAACAAAGGGAGAACGUGGUUUUCCAGGCAGCGCGGGUUUCCCAGGUUUGGCUGGACCUCCCGGCCCACCUGGUUUUCCAGGAAUGAAAGGUGAUCGUGGAGAUACCAUCACCUCUCCCCUCCCUGGACAGAAGGGUGACCCAGGAUUUCCAGGUCCACCUGGAAUUCCAGGCUCUGCUGGUCUCCCUGGUGUAGAAGGACCAGUUGGUCCUCCUGGACCCCCAGGUUUGACGGGUCCUCCUGGUCCCCCAGGACCGCCGGGUUCUAAGGGCAAUAUGGGCUUGAAUUUCCAAGGACCCAAAGGAGAAAAAGGUGAACAGGGACUUCAAGGACCUCCAGGGCCACCAGGACAGAUCGGCGAACAGACAAGAAUCAAUGAUGUAGAAUUUCAAAAAGGAGAUCAGGGUGCUCCAGGUGACCCGGGCCCCCCAGGAUCCCCGGGCUUCCCCGGGCCUCCUGGGCCUCCUGGCGGUGGAAAAGGUGAAAAAGGUGAGCAAGGAGAACCAGGCAAAAGAGGGAAGCCAGGAAAAGAUGGGGACAUUGGAUUGCCAGGUUUGUCUGGUUUUCCUGGUGAACCUGGCACGCCUGGCAUCCCGGGAAGAGAUGGAGACAAGGGUCAAAAAGGAGAUGCUGGUUUACCUGGCCCACCUGGACAAGUGAUUCCGAGGCCGGACACCGGUAUAACAGUGGGACCAAAGGGUAGCAAAGGAUUAGCAGGAUAUCCCGGGAACAAAGGAGAUCGUGGUUAUCCUGGCCCUGUGGGCCCUCCUGGUUUACCAGGCACCCCAGGACUUCCAAGCGUAGGUCCUUCAGGUCCACCUGGAUUACCCGGAGAAAGAGGACAGAAAGGGGAUCAGGGCCUUCCUGGGAUUGCUAUACCAGGGCAGCCAGGGAUUGAUGGACAACCAGGACUCCGAGGACCACCAGGGCCCCCAGGACCACCAGGAUCAACCAUCCCACCUGUUGAUCGGCUUUGUGAGCGAGGACCUCCUGGCCCUCAAGGAAUUGGUGGAGAACAAGGAUUUCCAGGGGAAAGAGGCCAGAAAGGUGACAAGGGAGACACCUGUUUUAACUGCAUAGGAAGCGGCAUCCCAGGCCCCCCAGGGGAAAAAGGCUUUCCUGGGCUCCCUGGCGAUCCAGGGGCUCCAGGUCUUCCUGGGCUAAAAGGUGACAAAGGCGUUUCUGGCGUAUUUGGAGCUAUUGGGCCUCAAGGUCCUCCUGGACUUCCAGGUUCUCCUGGACGUCCUGGCACUAAAGGUGAUCCGGGUGAAGUGAUUGGUUUCCCUCGGAUGAAAGGUGAAAAGGGUAAUCCAGGUUUCCCGGGGCCCCCAGGGCUGCCCGGUUUAGAUGCUUCUCCUGGCAAAGAUGGACUCCCGGGUCGUCCUGGACCCAAGGGCGAGCCAGGUAGCAUUGCUUUCAAAGGAGACCGAGGGCUUACUGGAGAGCCAGGUCUUCCUGGACCUUUUGGAGAGCGAGGGCCUCCAGGACCUCCUGGAUUUGGACCACAAGGACCUCCAGGAGAAAAGGGGCUUCAGGGCGUCCCUGGCCGCCCAGGUUCACCGGGUGCUCCAGGGCCCAAAGGCGAACCUGCCCAAUCUGUUCCUGAAAAAGGACCUCCAGGACUUCCAGGACCCCCAGGCAGAAAUGGGGAAGAUGGUUUUCCAGGAGAACCUGGUCAGCUUGGACCACCUGGGUUGCCAGGAAUCCCCGGGCAAAAAGGUGAACCCGGUUUUCCUGGCAUUGGACUCCCAGGCCCACCAGGGCCCAAAGGUUUGCCUGGUUUAUCAGGUGAACCUGGACUUCCAGGAAACUCUGGAAGACCGGGAGCUGAUGGAGCCCCUGGAUUGCCUGGAGAGAAAGGACAGAAGAUUUUGCAUGCUUCCUAUCUCAAAAUAGCAGGAAACCAUGGUGACCCAGGACCACGUGGCCAGCCUGGGCUGGUUGGACCUCCAGGGAUUCCAGGAAGUGGUGUCCAAGGACCACCUGGUCCACCUGGUCCUCCAGGACCAGCAGGAUCACCAGGCCAACCAGGAUUUCAAGGCAUCCCUGGAGAGAAAGGAGAUCCUGGGCAACCAGGAUUUGAUGUUCCCGGUCCUCCAGGUGAUAGGGGCAACCCAGGUUUUCCUGGACCACCUGGGCUUCCAGGUGGACCGGGUUCCCCUGGUUCUCCAGGGCAAGAUGGAGCUCCAGGCACACCAGGAAACAAAGGCGAUAUGGGAGUGAUGGGGGCACCUGGUCCUCUGGGAACACCUGGAUCACCUGGCAGAAAUGGAUUCCCUGGGUCCAAAGGCAAUGAUGGUUUACCAGGACAACCAGGUCAACCAGGACUUGCUGGACAGAAAGGCAGCAAAGGAGAACCUGGCUUGCCGGGAGCUCCCGGAAAAAUUGAUAUUGACCAACUGGGCUCCAAAGGAGAAAAGGGGGAGCCCGGAGAGAAGGGUAAUCCUGGUUUGACUGGUCAGAAGGGUUACCCAGGCCUCCCAGGUGACUCAGGGCCCACUGGAUCAGUUGGGCAGCCAGGUGCACCUGGAUUGCCAGGUCCCAAAGGAGAUACUGGAAUUCCGGGGGGGCCUGGACCAACUGGGCCCCCAGGAUUAAAAGGUGCCAAUGGCGAGAUGGGACUCCCAGGUACCCCCGGCAUAAAAGGUUCACAAGGUGUCCCAGGGCGCCUUGGCCAGCCUGGCUCUCCUGGAUCGCCAGGACUGAAGGGAGACAAGGGUGAUCCUGGUAUUUCAGGCAUUGGUAUUCCGGGUCCCCCUGGCCCCAAGGGUGAAAGUGGACUGCCUGGCUACCCUGGCCCUCCAGGCCCUAAAGGAUCUUUUGGAAAUCCGGGGUUGCCUGGAUCGCCGGGUAUUCCAGGAGGAAAAGGUGAACCUGGCCUUCCUGGAUUCCAAGGGACACCAGGCAUUCCAGGAACAAAAGGUCUUGAUGGAUCUCCAGGAAGCCCAGGUGUUCCAGGGUCACCUGGACCUCCAGGUGAACUUGGUCGUCCUGGCUCUCCAGGCCUUCUGGGGGAAAAAGGACAACCUGGGCGAGAUGGCAUCCCUGGACCAUCAGGACAGAAAGGUGAACCAGGUCAACCAGGAUUUGGACUUCCCGGACCUCAAGGCCUCCCAGGACUCGCAGGUCAAAAGGGAGAUUCUGGCUUCUCUGGACCCCCAGGGCCUCCAGGACCCUCUGGUUUAAAAGGAGAAAUGGGUGCCAAGGGAUUUCCUGGCGCUCCAGGCUUAGAAGGUCCUCCAGGACUUCCUGGACCACCAUCAGAAGGGCCUAAGGGUAGCCCUGGGCCAUCAGGCAUACCGGGACGGCCAGGUGCCGCAGGUCAUCCAGGUCUUCCUGGGCCUGAAGGACCCCGUGGACCACCCGGGAUUGGGGGAGUGAAAGGAGAAAAAGGAAACCCCGGCCAGAUAGGUCAGCCCGGACUGCCCGGACUGAAGGGAGACCAGGGAGCACCUGGACAGAUGGGUGAACCUGGACAUCCAGGCCUGAACGGGAUGAAGGGAGACUCAGGUGUUCCAGGAGCACCAGGAUUUCCAGGUAUGAAGGGACCUCCUGGACCUUUGGGACCGUCUGGCCCUGGAGGAGACCCUGGACCCCCUGGCUCCCCAGGUGCUCCAGGGAUACCUGGUUCAGCUGGACAAACAAUUGUGGUGAAAGGUGAUCAAGGGCCACCUGGUCCUUCAGGGCAGCCUGGAAUGAAAGGUCUGCCUGGACUCCCAGGGCCUCCAGGUUUGCCAGGUUCAAUUGGCCUUCCUGGUGACAUUGGACGGGAUGGUCUUCCUGGUUUUGAUGGUCCAGCCGGACGUAAAGGGGAAAGAGGACUCUCAGGCCAGCCAGGUCUUCGUGGUUCACAGGGACCUCCUGGCCCUGAUGGAUUGCAAGGUCCCCCAGGACUCCCCGGAACAGGUUCAGUUGCCCAUGGAUUCCUUAUAACUCGUCACAGCCAAACCACCGAUGCCCCCUUCUGCCCACCAGGAACCAGCCAGAUCUAUGAUGGAUUUUCCCUUCUCUAUGUGCAAGGAAAUGAGAGAGCUCAUGGGCAGGAUCUGGGCACUGCUGGCAGCUGUCUCCGCCGUUUCAGCACCAUGCCGUUCAUGUUUUGCAACAUCAACAACGUCUGUAACUUUGCAUCUAGGAACGAUUACUCUUAUUGGCUUUCCACCCCUGAGCCGAUGCCAAUGAGCAUGGAGCCACUAACUGGAAAGAAUAUACAACCUUUUAUUAGCCGUUGCACAGUCUGUGAAGCUCCCGCGAUGGUCAUAGCAGUCCACAGCCAGACCAUCCAGAUCCCGUCGUGUCCACAGGGCUGGAACUCGCUCUGGAUUGGAUAUUCGUUCAUGAUGCACACCAGUGCUGGGGCAGAAGGAUCUGGACAGGCCUUGGCUUCUCCUGGCUCGUGUCUUGAGGAAUUCCGCUCAGCUCCCUUCAUUGAGUGCCACGGCCGAGGGACCUGCAACUAUUAUGCCAAUUCAUAUAGUUUUUGGCUGGCAACUGUGGAAAUAGCAGAAAUGUUUAAUAAACCUCAGUCGGAGACUCUUAAAGCUGGUGACCUUCGGGCCCGUAUUAGCCGAUGCCAAGUUUGCAUGAAGAGGACGUAAUGCGUCAGACUUUUUGUUAAAAGAGAAACACCACAGCAACUGAGAAAUCUUUUAAUGCACUGUCCUUCAGCUAUAAAUAAUGGUGCUAUUGUGGAAAAGGAGAAGAAGAAGAAGAAGAAGAAGUUUGAAGAAGAGACACUCCCGUUAAUGCAGAUCUCAGUGCCUCUCCCUGAAGGAGAACCCCAAAACCAACGUGUUGCAUUUUGGGGAUCGGGGUGGGUUAGAAAUGUGGCUACUAAACAAAUUUAUUAAUUAAAGGAAUCAGUUGAAGGAACUAUGGAAAAGAUAGUCAAGACAUGGGAAGAUUUUGAAGAAGUCAACCUUUUCCUGUAAGGACUGAAAAUGUGCUCUUUGCCAAAUUGACCCCCCAUAAACAAAGAUGCCACCCCCCCAAAAGAAAUAAAAACAAUUCCUGUAAGGAGGAGACUGUGCUGUGCCAAGAAACCCCAUUGUGGUGCUAUCAAUCCUACUGUAUUCCCAGAUUUUGAUAUGAAAUGUUUAAACUUAUUAUUUUUUCCUUUGUAAGUAAUGAAAUGUGUAUAUUGUGUAAACACAUUUUUUUAGUUUCCAACUUCUCCAUCAUUUAGACACAAGCCAGCCUAAGCUCACUGUCUUCACCAAAAGAAAUCAACCCAACCUAUAUAUAUAUAUAAAUAUAAAUAUAAAUAUAUAUAUAUAUAUAUUAAAAAGCUGAGAAAGGUCAACUGAAAGGAGUCACUAUUCUAAGUUAGGAAACUGUUUCUACAGAUCUGUUUUCUUUUUUCCCUCUUGCCUGCUCACUCACACUCGGUCCCAGCGAACUACUACUGAGUUUUGAAAAGUUUUAUUCCCUGGGUUUGGCUCACAUUUUAUUUGAAAAAAUGUAUAAUAAUGUUGUAGCCUUUUAAAAGAAAACAGAGCUGUUAAUUAAUGUCUAUAUUGUAUGCCACUCUCUUGAUAAUUUUAUUUGUCCAUAAGAGCAACAAAAAGCAGAAACAUCAUUUUAAAGGGUUUUAAUUUCUCAUAUUCUGUGAAAUAUUAGAUCAGCCUCCUUGCCAAACUGAUCCCUUUCUUUUAGAUCCUGUAAUCUCUAGCUAAGAAACACCACUAACAGCCAUGCUGAUUAAGAAUUGUAGGAAUUAAGAUCCAAAUGAUCAAAGGGCAUCUGAUGCAGGAAGACAAUUUUAUAGUCUUUUGUGAAGAAACAACAACUAAAAGUCAUUCAUUUGAAUGACAUUAAUUUAUGUUGGUUCAGCUGACCAUACCUUCAAAGUAUACAGGUAGCACAAAGUUUAUAACUCUUAUUCAUAUACACACAAUGCACACCCAAAUCCACUUUUCCCCAGACAUAAUGUCUAGUAUUUUAUCCAAAUAACUGUA